UCAAAGGAAAACGCUUGACAUGCCCAAUCUGAGCUUCUACACGGGACGGACAUGCUCUCUACCAGACGGAGUCCACAUAUCCGUUUUCCACAAAGAGUGGUACGGGAAUUACGAGGAUCUGGAACACGUUCACACUUUCAUUCAGUGGCUGUUUCCGCUGCAAGAGCCAGGGAUGAACCACGAAGCCAAAACACUCACACCAGAGGAGAUUCAGGAGUUUCUCCGUAGUGACGAUGCAAAGCAGAAUCUGCUGAAGUCAUACAAACUCAUGCUGGACUUCUAUGGCAUCGAGAUGUCCGAUGAGGAGACAGGAGAGUUACAAAAGGCUACACACUGGGAGCAGAGAUUCAACAACCUCAACAGUCACACACAUAAUAGCCUGCGCAUCACCCGCAUCCUCAAGUGCCUGGGAACCCUGGGAUUCCAGCACUACCAAGCCCCUCUGGUCCACUUCUUCCUGAACGAGACUCUCGUCCAAGGACUGCUCCCAAACAUCAGAGAAAGCGUCCUCAACUACUUUGUGUUUGCCGUCCUCGAUAAGAAAAAGCGCCGGGAGCUCAUCGAGUUCGCCUACCGCCACUACGAUCCUAAAGAGGAGUUCGUGUGGUGCCCGAAGAAGAUCCAGGAGUCCUUCAAGACCUCCAGUGUUUCUCUGCAGAGCCAGAGUUGA